CCAUGUCAAAAAGUAGAAAUCAAAAUAAUGCAUUUUUGCGAUUUAGCAGUUUGUUUUAUAUAAAUCAGGAGAAAAUGUAAUUUGAUAAUUGAAGAAACACGUGUAUUACCAUCUAUAUAGGCUAAAGUUGCAUAUCCGGUGUAAGUUAACAUUAAUUUAUUAGAAUCUUUUUGAAUAUUCGUGUGUAAAUAUGAACACAAUUUUACAAGUAGGAAUUAAAUUUGAGAAAAUAACUGAAAGUAAACAAGUUUAUAAUGUUAUUUAUAUGGAAUAGUGUAGUAAUUUAACCGCGCUACUGUCUGAAAACAGAGAAGUUAAUGCUUCCAUUCAUUAAUUUUGCUAAUACAGAAAAAAAUAUUAGUUCACAGUUACAUGUUUUCUAUUUUGAUAGAAUAUACGAUACGUAGGAUUUCUAGCUAUAAAACUCUAAUGAUAUAGUGAUUAAAUGAUAAACGAAUAGCCCACAGCCGAAACUAGUAAAUUUGAAAAAGAGAAGCUGUAAUACGAAAUGGCAAGUAGAUUACGAUUCGAAGAAGAUUUAAACAGUGAUCCUAUCGUUAUUGAAAUAGAAACUUCAGACGAUGAUGUGAUAUUAAAUGAUCAUAUAGAAAUAAGUGACGAAGACUCUGAUUUAGAAUAUAACAAUGUCAACGUACUGAUCUUAGGAAGAAAUAAACCAAAGCCUCCAACUGAAUCUAAUUUAAACCAUAAUAACAUUGAUAUAAGUCACGAAGCUAAUAGAAUCUCAAAUAGAAAUAAAGACAGUGAUAUCCAUAAGACGUCUGAAAUAGUUCUCGGACAGAAGUCAUUGAUAAAUGUGGUUGAAAAUAUAGUGGAUGAUAGCUUGAGUUCUAAUGAUAGUAAAGCCUCUAAAACAAGGAAGCGACCGACUGAACUGGAACGACUUGGAGCAGACGUGACCAACAGAAGUGCAUCUGCUGAAUAUGAUGUGUACGGUGAUGAAAAUCAAAUAUUUAAGAAGUAUAAGUUCAGGAAUCCUGGACGAACAUCAACAGAUGAUCCGUUUUCUUUGGCAGUAGAACAAGCCGACCAAUGCGAAGACGACGUUUUAGUAUGCCUCAUAUGUAUGCAGGAAUUCAUGACAAUACAAGGUCUUAAAAGCCACUUGCGAUACCAUGAACGCAUUCAAAAGUUCACCUGUUCGUUUUGUUUAAAGAAAUUCAAAAGUAAUUCAUGUCUGAUCACACAUCGGAACGUACAUAACUCAGAAACUUUCUCUUGCAAGCAAUGUGAACUAACGUUUCCUAAUUACUGUGAUUAUUUACUACAUAAGUAUACACAUAACAAUGAUCUAAUUUUCAAAUGUUUAGAAUGUGAUACUCUAUUGCACCGGGACUCGUUUAAACAGCAUGUUUUGACACAUUUUGAGAAACCGAUGAACGGACAGUGUAAUGUAGAGAAGAAUAUAAAAUCAGAUUUUCCUUAUCCAUGUGUUGAGUGCGGUAAGGUGUGUAAAAACAGAAGAGCUUAUAAUUAUCAUAUAAGUAGACACACCGGUGUUAAAAAAUAUCAAUGUUUAUACUGCGGUACGGGUUUCCGUUCAAAAAAGGCUAAAGUUAUACACACUUUAACACAUACGGGUGAAUCUAAAUUUAUAUGUUAUGUUUGUGGGUACAAAACUAACGAAUUUGAAGAUUUAUUUAGGCAUAAACAGUGCCAUUUGGAGAGUAGAGGAUUUACUUGUGGGUAUUGUGAGAAAAAUUAUCCGCAUAAAAGUUUUUUAGUUAAUCAUAUGCGCUGUCAUUUUCAAAUUAUUUAUUAUCCUUGCGAUGAAUGAUGCGAGGCUUAUAUUUAUAAGAAUCUCUUGCCGGAAUACUGAAACGUUACUCAAUUUUAAGUCGUGCUUAAAUAUCGUGCCAUCUCUGUCAUUUCACAAAG